CCCUGGCCAGGGCACCGCGGGCAGUUGGGUGGGGGGGAUGCCCUGUCUCCAGACUCAGAGAGAGCCAGGCCUGUCCAGACCACUGGAAGACUCACUAGGGAGAUCGUGGAAGGUUCUUGCGCCUCGCCCCAACUUCCCGCAGCUGAGCCUCCUUUCUCUAGCAGGCUGGUCCUCCCCACCGGAUUUGACCCCUCACUCCUUUGGGAGUAUUUACCACGUGUCAGGGGUGCUGUCUCUGCCCUACGCUGAAGUCCGGGAGCCGUUCGAGGCCUGGGUGGACGUGGCCGGGGGAAGGAGUCGCAUUCAGUAUUACCACGGCCAGGUGGUCACUUACCAGUUCAGCCACGACAGGCCAUUCGGGGUGGGGUACAAGGUGACACCGGAGACCACCGCCGCGGGGGAGAACGUCAGGCGCUGCUUCCGAGUCAACGGGACCAAGGCCCACCCCAUCCGGGUCCAGAGCGUCCUGCCCAACCUCGAAGGCUUCCAGGUUGUGGGCCACGAGCACCUGGGGGGCCAGGACUGCUCAGUGCUGCAGAAUGAGACCCACUGGGGCCUGCGGCGCAACGUGUACACGCUGUGGCUGGCGGGCGGCCUCCACGGGCCCCGGCUGCCCGUGCGCUACGCAGUCCGUGGUUUCAGCCGGCUGCUGGGCUCACACUAUGACAAGUACCAGCUGGACUACAGGAACUUCUCCCGGCACUAUCCCCUCGACGACGUCUUCAGCCUCCCCGACAGGGUGCCAUGCAGGGGCGUGCCCAGCCCCGAAGUCAAGCACCACAUGCAGGUCAACCCCAUGUGGGACUUCGUGGCGCGUGAAGAAGACCGGGCCCACGGGUUGUUUGAGCGUUUCCGUCACAGGCACGGCCGGCACUACGGCGACGCGGCGGAGCUGGAGCACCGCCGGAGGAAUUUCCUGCACAACCUCAGGUUCAUUGAUUCCCACAACCGGGCCAACCGCCCCUUCCGCCUGGCCCCCAACCAUCUGACUGACCGUACCCCCGGGGAGCUGGCAGCGCUGAGGGGGCGGCUCCGCAGCUCACGGCCCAACCACGGGCGGCCCUUCCCACACGAGCAACUGGCCGACGUGGCCCUGCCUGAGAGCCUGGACUGGCGGCUCUAUGGUGCAGUGACCCCAGUGAAGGACCAGGCUGUGUGUGGUUCUUGCUGGAGUUUUGCCACCACAGGCACAUUGGAGGGAGCCCUCUUCCUCAAGACCGGGGAGCUGGUACCACUGUCGCAGCAGAUGCUGAUCGACUGUUCCUGGGACGUGGGAAACUUCGGCUGUGACGGGGGGCUGGAGUGGCAGGCGUACGACUGGAUCCAGGGGCACGGGGGCCUCGCCAGCGCCGACUCCUAUGGACCCUAUGAGGGCCAGAACGGCGUCUGCCACUCGAACGCGUCCACCUUGGCCGUCCGGCUCGCGGGCUAUGUGAACGUGCCCCCCGCCAACCCCACGGCCCUCAAACUGGCCCUGCUGCGCCACGGGCCCGUGGCCGUCAACGUGGACGCCUCCCCUCGCUCCUUCGCCUUCUAUGCCAACGGCGUCUACUACGAGCCCCAGUGCGGGCACAACUUGGAGCAGCUGAACCACGCGGUGCUCCUGGUGGGCUAUGGUCUACUGCAGGGCCAAGCCUUCUGGCUCCUCAAGAACUCCUGGUCCCCACUGUGGGGCAACAGUGGCUACAUGCUCCUGGCCAUGAAGGACAAUGACUGUGGGGUCACCGCCGCCGCCACCUACCCCAUUCUGGAGUAGUCCCAACCUCCCGGACCGGCCCCCGACAGGCCCCUGGUCCCUCAGAUGGGCACCGGAGGGUGGGAGGGUGGGCCCAGGGGCCCAGGGGAGCAGGCCCUGGAGGAGGGCCGGGGUUGAGUUGGGGUAAUAAUAAUAAUAAUGAUGGCAUUUAUUAAGCGCUUACUAUGUGCAAAGCACUG